AUGGACCAAGCCUCCCAGCUCUCCUUGUUCCAAAAGAUACACUCAUAUUCGUUUGAGACUGAUCCCGAAUUUGCGAACGGUCUCGCUAUUAUCUUGGGCCACCCUGAAUGCCCCGCUACGAAAGAGGAAAUACGCCGGGAGGAUGAUCUUGUCAUUCAAGCCAAGUGCUUCUUCUUUUCACGCAAAGAAAGCAUAAAACCACCCAUAGACCCCUCUGCCUAUAAAAAAUGGCUGGUGUCGUUGGCAAAUGAACCGCAGAACCCAGCCCCGACCCCUAGCCCAACUGACGCAGAGCCUGCCUACCCAUCAUCGUUCGCUCAUAUUGUGGAAUUGAUCACAACGGGACAACCGAUACCAGGGAUUCAGGAAAUCCCGGACACAGUGUUGACUGGCCACGACACCUCCAGCGAUAAGCCUCGGCGCAGAAAACCCUGGGAGAAGGAUGAGAAGGACGAGAAGGAGUUGGGGAAC